GUGAGCAGCAGCUGCAAGAGGGUGAGGAGGAGCAGAGCGCAGGAGCAGGCGGCACUGGCAGGCAAGGAAGGGGGGAAGGAAGCGAACUGCAGGGGUUAGGCGCUUUGCAAUGCAACAGUAACGCCUGUCCCGAUCUGGUGACUGGAAAUAUUCCCUAUGGUCAAGCAACACUUUCAACCAACCUUGUUUUUUUUAAUUAAAUGAACUUAAAUUUUGAGGUAUUUUUAGUGGGCUCCCAGAAGUGAUCUGGCACCAUGGUGGCCGUGUCCUUGAAGAUCUGCGUCCGCCAGUGCAAUGUGGUGAAGACGAUGCAGUUUGAACCAUCCACUGCAGUGUAUGAUGCAUGUAGAGUUAUUCGUGAGCGAGUGCCUGAGGCUCAAACAGGGCAAGCCUCUGACUAUGGACUGUUCUUGUCAGAUGAAGAUCCUCGGAAAGGUAUUUGGUUGGAAGCUGGAAGGACACUGGAUUAUUAUAUGCUGCGAAGUGGGGAUAUUUUGGAGUACAAAAAGAAACAGAGACCUCAGAAAAUACGAAUGCUGGAUGGAUCAGUGAAAACCGUUAUGGUGGAUGAUUCUAAAACUGUUGGUGAAUUGCUGGUUACCAUUUGCAGCAGGAUAGGAAUAACCAAUUAUGAAGAGUACUCUGUAAUCCAGGAAAGCGUUGAGGAGAAAAAGGAGGAGGGCACAGGUACACUUAAGAAAGACAGGACGUUGUUACGAGAUGAAAGAAAAAUGGAGAAGUUGAAGGCUAAGCUUCAUACAGAUGAUGACUUAAACUGGCUAGAUCAUAGUCGAACAUUCAGAGAACAAGGAGUUGAUGAAAAUGAAACACUGCUGCUGAGGCGAAAAUUCUUUUAUUCCGACCAGAAUGUAGAUUCGAGAGAUCCUGUUCAGCUAAACUUGCUUUAUGUUCAGGCUCGAGAUGACAUUCUGAAUGGCUCCCAUCCGGUAUCCUUUGAGAAGGCUUGCGAGUUUGGAGGCUUUCAAGCACAAAUCCAGUUUGGACCUCAUGUAGAGCACAAACACAAACCUGGAUUUUUAGAUCUGAAAGAAUUCCUGCCUAAAGAAUACAUCAAACAAAGAGGAGCUGAAAAGAAAAUAUUUCAGGAACACAAGAACUGUGGAGAGAUGACUGAAAUUGAAGCCAAAGUCAAGUAUGUGAAGCUGGCACGCUCCCUCAGGACAUACGGAGUGUCCUUUUUUCUUGUUAAGGAAAAAAUGAAGGGCAAGAACAAGCUUGUUCCUCGUUUGCUGGGCAUCACCAAAGACUCAGUGAUGCGUGUGGAUGAGAAGACCAAGGAGGUGUUGCAGGAAUGGCCACUAACAACUGUGAAGCGCUGGGCUGCCUCUCCAAAAAGCUUCACUCUGGAUUUUGGUGAAUAUCAAGAAAGUUACUACUCAGUACAAACCACUGAAGGAGAACAGAUCUCUCAGCUAAUUGCAGGUUACAUUGAUAUCAUAUUGAAGAAGAAACAAAGUAAGGAUAGAUUUGGGCUUGAAGGUGAUGAGGAAUCAACAAUGUUGGAAGAAUCUGUGUCGCCUAAGAAAUCUACCAUCUUGCAGCAGCAGUUCAACCGAACCGGGAAGGUAGAACAUGGCUCAGUGGCAUUGCCUGCUGUGAUGCGUUCAGGCUCAAGUGGCCCGGAGACUUUCAAUAUUGGCAGCAUGCCUUCUCCCCAGCAACAAGUCAUGAUUGGGCAAAUGCACAGAGGCCACAUGCCUCCCCUGACUUCAGCACAGCAGGCCUUGAUGGGGACUAUUAAUACUAGUAUGCAUGCUGUUCAGCAGGCACAGUCCGACCUCAAUGAAGUUGAUAACCUACCACCCCUAGGACAAGAUAUGGCAUCGAGGGUAUGGGUUCAGAACAAAGUUGAUGAAUCAAAACAUGAAAUUCACUCUCAGGUUGAUGCUAUCACUGCAGGAACUGCCUCUGUUGUUAACCUCACAGCAGGUGACCCGGUUGACACUGAUUACACGGCUGUGGGAUGUGCAAUUACAACCAUCUCUUCUAACCUGACUGAGAUGUCCAAGGGUGUGAAACUGCUUGCUGCCCUAAUGGACGAUGAAGUUGGAAGUGGGGAGGACCUCUUGAAAGCUGCUCGGACUCUGGCAGGUGCUGUCUCGGACUUGCUGAAAGCGGUGCAGCCGACCUCAGAAGAGCCUCGCCAAACAGUUUUAACUGCAGCUGGAAGCAUUGGGCAAGCCAGUGGGGAGCUCCUGAGGCAGAUAGGAGAGAAUGAAACUGAUGAAAGAUUUCAGGAUGUACUGAUGAGUCUUGCCAAAGCUGUUGCAAAUGCUGCUGCCAUGUUGGUGUUGAAGGCUAAGAAUGUGGCUCAAGUUGCUGAGGAUAUGGUCCUGCAGAACAGGGUUAUUGCUGCUGCUACGCAAUGUGCGCUGUCCACCUCUCAGCUUGUGGCGUGUGCCAAGGUUGUGAGCCCCACUAUCAGCUCUCCCGUAUGCCAGGAACAGCUGAUCGAGGCUGGAAAACUAGUGGAUCGUUCGGUGGAGAAUUGUGUCAGAGCCUGUCAGGCUGCCACAGAUGACUCUGAGCUGCUGAAGCAGGUCAGUGCAGCAGCCAGUGUAGUCAGCCAAGCCCUGAAUGACCUCUUGCAGCACGUCCGUCAGUUUGCAAGCAGGGGAGAACCCAUUGGACGCUAUGACCAGGCAACGGAUACCAUUAUGUGUGUCACUGAAAGUAUCUUCAGUUCGAUGGGGGAUGCUGGUGAAAUGGUGCGGCAGGCCAGGGUACUUGCCCAAGCUACUUCGGAUCUUGUCAAUGCUAUGAGGUCAGAUGCUGAGGCUGAAAUUGACAUGGACAACUCUAAAAAGCUUCUAGCUGCAGCUAAACUUUUGGCAGAUUCUACAGCUCGCAUGGUUGAAGCAGCAAAGGGGGCUGCAGCAAAUCCUGAAAAUGAAGACCAACAGCAGAGACUGAGAGAAGCGGCAGAGGGACUGCGGGUUGCCACGAAUGCAGCUGCUCAGAAUGCCAUCAAGAAGAAAAUUGUCAACAGAUUAGAGUUUGCAGCUAAACAGGCAGCAGCUGCUGCCACUCAGACAAUUGCAGCCUCUCAGAAUGCGGCCGUUUCCAACAAGAACACAGUAGCCCACCAGCAACUUGUCCAGAGCUGCAAGAAUGUUGCUGACCACAUUCCUCAGCUGGUGCAGGGUGUGAGGGGAAGCCAGGCUCAGGCAGAAGACCUCAGUGCUCAGCUUGCUCUGAUAAAUUCCAGCCAGAACUUCCUUCAGCCUGGAAGUAAGAUGGUGGCAUCCGCCAAAGCUGCAGUACCUACUGUAAGUGACCAGGCCGCAGCAAUGCAGCUAAGUCAGUGUGCCAAGAACCUUGCAACGAGCUUAGCUGAGCUAAGAACUGCCUCCCAAAAGGCUCAUGAAGCAUGUGGCCCUAUGGAAAUUGACUCUGCUUUGAACACAGUCCAAACACUCAGAAAUGAACUGCAAGAUGCUAAGAUGGCCGCUGUAGAUGGACAGUUAAAACCACUCCCAGGAGAAACGCUGGAAAAAUGUGCACAGGACCUCGGAAGUACCUCUAAAGCUGUUGGUUCAUCAAUGGCCCAACUGUUGACUUGCGCUGCUCAAGGCAAUGAGCACUACACAGGGGUCGCUGCCAGGGAAACAGCUCAAGCUCUGAAGACUUUGGCUCAGGCAGCAAGAGGCGUUUCAGCAUCCACCACUGACCCAAUGGCAGCACAUGCAAUGUUAGAUUCUGCAAGGGAUGUCAUGGAAGGCUCUGCUAUGCUUAUUCAGGAAGCAAAACAGGCUCUGGUUGCACCUGGGGAUGCAGAAAGUCAGCAGAGGUUAGCUCAGGUGGCCAAAGCUGUGUCUCACUCAUUAAAUAACUGUGUGAAUUGUCUGCCUGGACAAAAGGAUGUUGAUGUAGCCUUGAAGAGCAUUGGAGAAUCCAGCAAGAAACUGCUUGUUGAUUUGCUGCCUCCAAGUUCUAAAUCUUUCCAAGAAGCCCAAAGUGAACUGAACCAGGCUGCAGCUGAUCUGAACCAGUCAGCAGGGGAAGUGGUUCAUGCUACCCGGGGCCAAAGCGGAGAGUUGGCUGCAGCCUCUGGAAAGUUCAGUGAUGACUUUGAUGAGUUCCUUGAUGCUGGUAUUGAAAUGGCUGGUCAAGCACAAACUAAAGAGGACCAGAUUCAAGUAAUAGGGAACCUCAAGAACAUCUCUAUGGCCUCCAGCAAGCUCCUGUUAGCUGCCAAGUCUCUCUCGGUUGAUCCUGGAGCUCCUAAUGCCAAGAACCUCCUAGCUGCAGCUGCAAGAGCUGUGACGGAGAGUAUUAACCAGCUCAUCACUCUGUGUACCCAACAGGCGCCAGGGCAGAAGGAAUGUGACAAUGCUCUCAGAGAACUGGAGACAGUUAAAGGAAUGCUGGAUAACCCCAAUGAACCUGUAAGCGAUCUCUCGUAUUUUGAUUGUAUUGAAGGUGUUAUGGAAAACUCCAAGGUCCUUGGAGAGUCAAUGGCAGGCAUUUCCCAGAAUGCCAAGACUGGGGAUCUGCUGGUCUUUGGAGAAUGUGUUGGAGUUGCUUCCAAGGCACUUUGUGGUCUCACAGAGGCUGCAGCCCAGGCCGCUUACCUGGUUGGCAUCUCAGAUCCCAACAGUCAGGCUGGUCACCAGGGGCUUGUCGAUCCUAUCCAGUUUGCCAGGGCCAAUCAGGCAAUCCAGAUGGCGUGUCAGAAUCUGGUGGAUCCAGCGAGUAGCCCAUCACAGGUUUUAUCAGCAGCCACAAUAGUGGCCAAGCAUACUUCUGCUUUGUGUAACGCUUGUCGUAUCGCUUCAUCGAAGACAGCCAACCCUGUUGCCAAGAGACAUUUUGUGCAGUCUGCUAAGGAGGUCGCAAACAGCACCGCCAAUCUGGUGAAAACUAUCAAGGCCCUGGAUGGUGAUUUCUCUGACGAUAACCGCAAUAAGUGUAGAAUUGCGACUGCACCUUUGAUUGAAGCUGUGGAAAAUCUGACAGCAUUUGCUUCCAAUCCAGAGUUUGUCAGUAUACCAGCGCAGAUCAGCAUGGAGGGAUCUCGAGCUCAGGAGCCAAUUCUGAUUUCCGCCAAGACGAUGUUGGAGAGCUCAGCUUUAUUGAUCAAAACUGCUCGUUCGCUGGCUAUCAAUCCAAAAGACCCACCUACUUGGUCUGUACUUGCUGGGCAUUCGCACACGGUUUCAGAUUCAAUUAAGAGUCUGAUCACUUCCAUUAGGGACAAAGCGCCGGGCCAGAGAGAAUGUGAUUACUCCAUUGAUGGAAUCAAUAGAUGUAUUAGAGAUAUUGAGCAGGCUUCCCUUGCAGCAGUCAGUCAGAACUUGGCCACAAGGGAUGACAUCUCAGUUGAGGCUUUACAGGAGCAGUUGACAUCAGUUGUUCAGGAAAUUGGGCACCUUAUUGAUCCCAUAGCAACAGCAGCUCGGGGAGAGGCAGCUCAACUGGGACACAAGGUUACGCAACUGGCAAGUUACUUUGAACCCCUGAUUUUAGCUGCAGUUGGUGUGGCAUCCAAGAUGCUAGAUCAUCAGCAACAGAUGACUGUCCUGGACCAGACAAAGACACUAGCAGAAUCUGCCCUCCAGAUGCUGUAUGCAGCCAAAGAAGGAGGAGGAAAUCCCAAGGCAUCUCACACUCAUGAUGCAAUCACGGAGGCUGCUCAGCUGAUGAAGGAGGCAGUGGAUGAUAUAAUGGUUACGCUGAAUGAAGCUGCCAGUGAAGUGGGCAUGGUUGGAGGCAUGGUAGACUCAAUAGCUGAGGCCAUGAGCAAGCUGGAUGAGGGCACACCUCCAGAUCCAAAGGGAACAUUUGUUGAUUAUCAGACUACAGUAGUGAAAUAUUCUAAAGCCAUUGCUGUAACAGCACAGGAAAUGAUGACUAAGUCGGUUACUAACCCGGAGGAGUUGGGAGGACUUGCAUCACAAAUGACCAAUGACUAUGGGCAUUUGGCUCUCCAGGGCCGAAUGGCAGCAGUUACAGCUGAACCAGAGGAGAUAGGGUUCCAGAUCAGGACUCGGGUACAGGAUCUUGGUCAUGGAUGUAUCUUUCUAGUACAGAAAGCUGGAGCUCUACAGAUUUGCCCUACGGACAGCUACACCAAGAGGGAGUUGAUAGAAUGUGCUCGUGCUGUCACUGAAAAGGUUUCCUUAGUUCUGUCUGCCCUUCAAGCAGGAAACAAAGGGACUCAGGCUUGUAUCACUGCAGCUAGUGCUGUGUCGGGCAUAAUUGCAGAUCUGGACACAACUAUCAUGUUUGCUACAGCUGGAACCCUUAAUGCUGAGAACAAUGAAUCAUUUGCGGAUCACAGGGAAAAUAUCCUGAAAACAGCGAAAGCUUUAGUUGAAGAUACAAAGUUGCUUGUGUCUGGGGCUGCCUCAAGUCAGGAUAAACUAGCCCAAGCAGCUCAGUCAUCAGCUGCCACCAUCACACAACUAGCAGAGGUGGUAAAACUGGGAGCAGCCAGCCUGGGAUCAGAUGACCCUGAAACACAGGUUGUACUGAUCAAUGCUAUUAAGGAUGUUGCUAAGGCCCUUUCUGAUCUCAUUGGUGCUACAAAAGGAGCUGCUAGCAAACCAGCAGAUGAUCCAUCCAUGUACCAGCUCAAAGGUGCAGCUAAGGUGAUGGUAACCAAUGUCACAUCACUUCUGAAGACUGUUAAAGCAGUAGAAGAUGAAGCUACUCGAGGCACAAGAGCUCUCGAGGCCACGAUUGAAUGCAUCAAACAGGAACUCACGGUAUUUCAGUCGAAGGAGAUUCCAGAAAAGACAUCAUCACCUGAAGAAUCGAUCCGGAUGACGAAAGGAAUCACCAUGGCAACUGCCAAAGCUGUUGCAGCUGGGAACUCAUGCAGACAGGAGGAUGUGAUUGCUACAGCGAAUCUGAGCCGCAAAGCAGUAGCUGAUAUGCUAACAGCUUGUAAGCAAGCUUCCUAUCACCCAGAUGUGAGUGAAGAUGUUCGAGCGAGAGCACUGCGAUUUGGAACGGAAUGUACCCUGGGAUACUUGGACCUCCUAGAACAUGUCCUCCUGAUUCUUCAGAAGCCAACUCCAGAGCUGAAGCAUCCGUUGGCUGCCUUCUCAAAGCGGGUUGCUGGUGCUGUGACAGAGCUUAUCCAGACAGCAGAAGCAAUGAAAGGCACGGAGUGGGUGGAUCCAGAGGACCCGACAGUCAUUGCUGAAACAGAGCUAUUGGGGGCUGCAGCUUCAAUUGAGGCUGCAGCAAAGAAGUUAGAGCAGUUGAAACCACGAGCCAAGCCGAAGCAAGCCGAUGAGACUCUGGAUUUUGAAGAACAGAUCCUGGAAGCAGCUAAGUCCAUUGCAGCUGCUACCAGUGCCCUAGUCAAGUCAGCCUCAGCAGCCCAGAGGGAGUUGGUGGCACAGGGAAAGGUUGGAGCUAUCCCUGCAAAUGCAGCUGAUGAUGGACAGUGGUCUCAGGGACUUAUUUCCGCUGCCCGAAUGGUGGCAGCUGCAACCAGCAAUCUGUGUGAGGCAGCUAAUGCCUCGGUACAAGGUCAUGCUAGCGAGGAGAAACUCAUCUCAUCUGCCAAACAAGUUGCAGCUUCUACAGCACAGUUACUUGUGGCGUGCAAAGUGAAGGCUGAUCAAGACUCCGAGGCCAUGAGAAGACUACAGGCUGCUGGGAAUGCUGUUAAACGAGCAUCUGACAAUCUUGUCAGGGCAGCCCAGAAAGCAGCAUUUAGGAAAGCAGAUGACGACGAUGUGGUGGUCAAAACCAAGUUUGUUGGUGGCAUCGCUCAGAUCAUUGCAGCCCAGGAGGAAAUGCUGAAGAAGGAAAGAGAGCUGGAAGAGGCAAGGAAAAAACUGGCUCAGAUCCGCCAGCAGCAGUAUAAAUUUCUCCCCACAGAACUGAGAGAAGAUGAGGGCUAAACUGCUGAGAUGUUUUAAUGAAAUGAGCUCAAGGGGGACAGUACAGAGAGAACUAACCUAACAGCAUUCUGAUACGCCAAGCACUUACCUAAACAAAUUGCCUGUAAUAGCUUUAGGUGAGCAGAGGGCAAUAAACGUUUGUUCUUUCUCAUCUGUUCACAUAAGGUGCGUGCUCAUCAAACAGAUGGUACAGUGUUAAGUCCACCAUUCCUGUUCCUUCCUUCCCUGACUCACUGUAUCUCAGGAGAGAAUGCCUCACUUUUUACAGAAGGUUAUAAAAUCAGUAUUACGUCAUUACCUUAAGCUUGAUCUAUUUAUUGUUCCUUGACCUGUUGUAAGACUUUGUUAAUAUUAAUAGGAGAACCGUUUAUCAUAGCUAUCUACCACUAUGGAGCCAGGGGAUUAUUUUUCCUCCAACAAGAAGACCAAGAUUAAGGUGAAUAUUUAUUUGAGAGGAAAAAGGCACCUGAGCGUGGGUUCUAGAGAUUGCGUCC